UAUCCGUACAUAAUGGGAAAGUGGCGUAUUCACUCAUAAAUAAUUGUGACGUCCCAUACUCAAAGAUAAUUAAGCAGAUCCAAGGUAGUAGGCGAGUCUACGUUAAACAUUCAUCCUUGAACAGUUGUCGGUGUGGACACGUGAUUGCUCGUGCAGCAUCAAUACCAUGAAUACAGUUUGUGUCGCGGGAAAGAUAACACACAGGCACACCAUCAAUGGCGGGGUACGAACACAGCCCUCAAGACUACAGCAUCUUCGGUGCCCCUCGCUCUCGUGCUGGGUCCGUGGGGGCAAAAAUAGGGGACCAUGGCGUGGAUCGCAUGCUUCCACGUCGUGGGAGCUUAGACGUGGAUCUUAGCCAUUUCAAACUGAUGACCCCUCCGACGGCUGACGACGAUGACAGUGAUGACAAGCCCUCGGUAUUCGUACAUAAGACACCGCCUACAGACUCCAAGCAAACUGGCAAUGGGUGCCAAAUAAUGAAUAAUUACCACCAAAAAUUUCGGAGAUUCAGUCUCGGUGGCGGCCGGAGUGAUGGCAGUAUCUUACCAUUUUCGCCGAUGGAAAAUGAGCGGAAAACAACCCUUAGCACUCCCGUGAACUAUCUAGACAGCGUGAGGAAACGUUUAGAGGGAAUCUCCUUAGGGAGCAGUCCUUCAUCUUCCAGCAAGGUCAGAGAACGAAAACCAGACCAAAUCUUGGACAUGCCGAAUAUACGUAACGACCUAAAUGUAAACGUGAUGGACUGGAGCAGCCAGAACAUGAUCGGCAUUGCGUUAGAGGAUCAAGUGUACUGCUGGCGGCGGGACAUUGGAGAAUGCAUACAGGUGCCCGUGGAACUGACGGAAGAGGACGACUACGUCAUGGCUUUGGGGUUCAACCCCGAUGGUUCUUUACUUGCUUUAGGUUCCACACCCGAUGACAUAGAGAUCUGGAAUUUAGAAAAGAUGAAAGUGGUACAUAACAUCAGAUCACACAGUUGUGCAGCUGUGAGCUUGGCAUGGAAAGGGACAAUAUUGGCAAGUGGUGAUGCUGAUGGUAACAUCCAUCUCCAUGACACCCGGGCCCCGACCCCCAUUGCUACCAACAAAGACCACACGUGGGUGUGCAAUCUUCGGUUCAGCCCAGACGGCCGCUACCUUGCCAGCGGCGGCAAGGACAGCACAAUCUGCAUCCGGGAGAUGAACGAACGUAGACUGUAUCAGAAAAUACCAGCGCACAACUCGGCAGUGAGAGCCCUGACAUGGUGCACAGGUCUACACAGUAUUCUUGCGAGCGGAGGAGAACUUGGGGAUGGAAGCAUCCGUUUGUGGAAUGUUAACAGUGGCUUGAAACUAACGGAAGUGGAUACCGACUCUGGGAUCACUUGUAUGCUGUGGAAUACUAACGAUCAGGAAUUGAUCACCGGUCACAGAGGAACCAAGCAUAACCUGGUGGUCUGGAAGAACCCCAGUCAGCUACAUCCUGCUUUGUAUCUGGAUGGGGAAGAAGAGGGCAUACUUCACGUAGCACUUAGCCCAAACGAAGAAACAUUAGCGUCAGCAUCGCCAGAUGAGAAAAUGCGCUUAUGGAACUGCUUCGGCGACGCGAACAUAAAAAAGAAACAACGGUGUUGCCUUGGUUCUCCAACGACAUCAGCAUUACUGCGAACCAUACGCUGAAAAAAGAGGUGCUGAAUCAGUCAUAAACUACAAUAGAAUAAUCUACAGCAUUAAAAAUACUAUGCCUUUACCUAAUGGCCAAAAAGAUAGUAAAUGAUUAUACGUUUAGUUUGUAGAGAGCGGACCUAAAAAAACGUAGCACAAUCAAAAAGUGAGCAUAUAUAGUAGUAAUCAAGAUGGAGGGCUCGUCACUGUAGUUGGAUUAGAACUUUCGUAAUGAACCGUGUUCAUGAUCGUUAAUUAUACGUUAUUUGCUACAAACUGUGUAAGUGAUGUUUCAUUAUUCAUGUAAUUUGACUACCAAUCUACUUGUUAUAAACGUAUUUGAAUUGAGCAGAUUCUAUUUAUGACGUUUUAUACUUGUUGAAACGACUUCGUGUAGCAGUUCUUGUUCGUUCGCACUUUCAAG